AUGGCACGUUCAGUCAAUAAACACAAGCAGUGGAAACUUGUCAUGGAACUAGGACCGCAACAGCUCAAGUACCGCAACAGCUCAAGGACCUCAACAGCUCAAGGACCACAACAGCUCAAGGACCUCAACAGCUCAAGGACCUCAACAGCUCAAGGACCUCAACAGCUCAAGGACCUCAACAGCUCAAGGACCACAACAGCUCAAGGACCUCAACAGCUCAAGGACCGCAACAGCUCAAGGACCUCAACGUUACAAGGACCACAACAGCUCAAGGACCUCAACAGCUCAAGGACCGCAACAGCUCAAGGACCUCAACGUUACAAGGACCACAACAGCUCAAGGACCUCAACAGCUCAAGGACCUCAACGUUACAAGGACCACAACAGCUCAAGGACCUCAACGUUACAAGGACCACAACAGCUCAAGGACCUCAACAGCUCAAGGACCACAACAGCUCAAGGACCACAACAGCUUAAGGACCUCAACAGCUCAAGGACCUCAACGUCUCAAGGACCUCAACAGCUCAAGGACCACAAUAGCUCAAGGAUCUCGACUAACUCACUUUCCCCACAUUUAAACCCUUUUUAA